AUGUCCUCCAGCAACGCGGAUAGUGUGAGUCCUCCUGGCCGGGGACAAGCCUUCGUUCGCCAGCGCAAAGCCCACCGCAAGUCUCGACUGGGCUGCGCCAACUGCAAGCUUCGCAGAGUCAAGUGUGACGAAGCCAAGCCCUCGUGCCGGCCUUGUCUCGCAUCAGGCUUCAUUUGCAACUACUCUCGUUCCGCGCCAGAUUUGCAGUUCUCGCAAGCAGGCGUCUUCAAGGUCGACCUCGGCAUGCCAGUUGAGAAGACCCCCAAUCCAAGCCUGCACAAGAGCAUUCCUCUAGCGUUGCCCGUGGCCGGCAAACUCGGCAGCUAUGAGUUGCGUGAGCCCGACUUGAAGAACCUGGAGCACUUUCUCAACUCGACGGCUUCUACGCUGGGCGAGGGUCGGGGAGUCUUCGAGACGUGGUAUAGUCAAGGCGUCCUUGGGCUGAGCAACUCGUACCCCUUCCUCCUCCACAUCUUCCUAGUCCUCUCGCAGCUCCACGAGAUGCAUGAAAAGUCUGCCGUGGCGCACGCCCCUCGCCGCUCCCUCGCAUUCCACUGGUACCACGGCACCGCGCUCUUCCACCAGAUGCUGUCCAGGGCAUCCACGGCGCCCGUCCUCUCCUCCUCGGAGCGCGACGCCCUCUGGAUGUCGGCAGCCAUGCUCGGCGCCGCGGCAUUCGCCUAUCUCGGCUCCCUCGACCCCAGCGACGCAUGGCCCCUCAAGGAACGCUCGUCCACAGACCUGGACUGGCUGAGGAUGAGCCACGGCAAAAGAGUCGUCUGGGAACUGGCCGAUCCCAGCCGUCCGGAGAGCCUCUUCCGCCGAAUGACGGCCUACCAAAGCCGUGAUCCGCCCCCAAGCGCCUCGUCGCCCAUAAGGCCGCAUGCCCUCCCCUCGCUCUUCUACUCCGUCUUCGACAUCGGCCCGCCGUCCACACCCGACGGCAACCCCUACCACGCGGCCGCGGCCCUGAUCUCGCAGCUCCUCCCCGUCGAGCCUACUCCCCACAACAUCCACCACUUCCUCUCGUUCCUGAGCCAAAUCGACGCCAGGUACCAGGUCCUUGUUCAGGACAAGGACCCCCGCGCCAUGAUUCUGCUGUUGUACUGGAUGGCCAAGGUCGUCUUGUACCCAAUGUGGUGGACCCGACGGCGGACCUUGUACGAGGGACUGGCGAUAUGCAUCUACAUUGAACGGCAUCACGGGCACAACCCGAAAUUCAUGCAGCUGAUUUCUUAUCCGAGAGCUGUACUCUCCGCUGUAUAUUCCGGCGUCGAGGUCCAGAAAAAGGAGAACUUUGUCUUGGGCUUCACGCCGCUCAAGAUGUAA